AUGCUCCAAAACAUCUUCAAAAAUCGCGAAAACGCCGUCCGAACGUUUUUCGCCCGGACCGAAUCGCCGGAGCCCGCGCGCGCGUCAGCCGUUUCGGUUCUGCUUCGCCGAGGGCUCCUCACCUGCACUUACUGCCUGCCUCUUUGCCUAUGA